UAGGCCGGGGCAGGUCGCGCUUGCUGCCUUCUCCCCUGAAGAGAGACGCGGGGGGGAGGGGGGUGCGGCGAGCGGCUCCGCUCUCUCCCCUCAGCUCCGCUCGCACCCCAGUGUAAUGAGGGUCACCCCCUCCCCCCAGCCGGCCCGGGAGGGGGCGCGGGGCACGGUUGAUGCUGGCCCAGGAUGGAUCAGACCUGUGAACUACCUAGAAGAAAUUGUCUGCUGCCCUUUUCCAAUCCAGUGAAUUUAGAUGCCCCUGAAGACAAGGACAGCCCUUUCGGUAAUGGUCAAUCCAAUUUUUCUGAGCCACUUAAUGGGUGUACUAUGCAGUUACCGACUGCCAGUGGAACAUCCCAAAAUGCAUAUGGACAAGAUUCUCCAUCUUGUUACAUUCCACUGCGGAGACUACAGGAUUUGGCCUCCAUGAUCAAUGUAGAGUAUUUAAAUGGGUCUGCUGAUGGAUCAGAAUCCUUUCAAGACCCUGAAAAAAGUGAUUCAAGAGCUCAGUCGCCAAUUGUUUGCACUUCCUUGAGUCCUGGUGGUCCAACAGCACUUGCUAUGAAACAGGAACCCUCUUGUAAUAACUCCCCUGAACUCCAGGUAAAAGUAACAAAGACUAUCAAGAAUGGCUUUCUGCACUUUGAGAAUUUUACUUGUGUGGACGAUGCAGAUGUAGAUUCUGAAAUGGACCCAGAACAGCCAGUCACAGAGGAUGAGAGUAUAGAGGAGAUCUUUGAGGAAACUCAGACCAAUGCCACCUGCAAUUAUGAGCCUAAAUCAGAGAAUGGUGUAGAAGUGGCCAUGGGAAAUGAACAAGACAGCACAUCAGAGAGUAGAAAUGGUGCAGUCAAAUCGCCAUUCUUGCCAUUAGCUCCUCAAACUGAAACACAGAAAAAUAAGCAAAGAAAUGAAGUGGACGGCAGCAAUGAAAAAGCAGCCCUUCUCCCAGCCCCCUUUUCACUAGGAGAUACAAACGUUACCAUAGAAGAGCAAUUAAAUUCAAUAAAUUUAUCUUUUCAGGAUGAUCCAGAUUCCAGUACCAGUACAUUAGGAAACAUGCUAGAAUUACCUGGAACUUCAUCAUCAUCUACUUCACAGGAAUUGCCAUUUUGUCAACCCAAGAAAAAGUCUACGCCACUGAAGUAUGAAGUUGGAGAUCUCAUCUGGGCAAAAUUCAAGAGACGCCCAUGGUGGCCCUGCAGGAUUUGUUCUGAUCCGUUGAUUAACACACAUUCAAAAAUGAAAGUUUCAAACCGGAGACCCUAUCGACAGUACUACGUGGAGGCUUUUGGGGACCCUUCAGAGAAAGCCUGGGUGGCUGGAAAAGCAAUCGUCAUGUUCGAAGGCAGACAUCAAUUUGAAGAGCUACCUGUGCUUAGGAGAAGAGGGAAGCAGAAAGAAAAAGGAUAUAGGCAUAAGGUUCCUCAGAAAAUUUUGAGUAAAUGGGAAGCCAGUGUUGGUCUCGCUGAACAAUAUGAUGUUCCCAAAGGGUCAAAGAACCGAAGAUGUGUCACCAGUUCAAUCAAGUUGGACAGUGAGGAGGAUAUGCCAUUUGAGGACUGUACUAAUGAUCCUGAAUCAGAACAUGAUCUGUUACUUAAUGGCUGCUUGAAAUCUCUGGCUUUUGACUCAGAACAUUCUGCAGAUGAGAAAGAAAAGCCUUGUGCUAAGUCUCGAGCCAGAAAGAGUUCUGAUAAUCCAAAAAGGACUAGUAUGAAAAAGGGCCACAUACAAUUUGAAGCACAUAAGGAAGAACGAAGGGGAAAGAUUCCAGAGAACCUUGGCCUAAACUUUAUUUCUGGGGAUGUAUCUGAUAAGCAGGCCUCUAAUGAACUUUCCAGGAUAGCAAACAGCCUCACAGGGUCCAGCACUGCCCCAGGAAGCUUCCUGUUUUCUUCUUGUGCAAAAAACACUGCAAAGAAAGAAUUUGAGGCUUCAAAUUGUGACUCUUUACUGGGCUUGUCUGAGGGUGCCUUGAUCUCUAAACAUUCUGGGGAAAAGAAAAAACUCCAAAGAGGUUUGGUGUGUAGUUCGAAAGUGCAGCUCUGUUAUAUUGGAGCAGGUGAUGAAGAAAAGCGCAGUGAUUCCAUUAGUAUCUGUACCACUUCUGAUGAUGGAAGCAGUGAUCUGGAUCCCAUAGAUCAUAGUUCAGAAUCUGAUAACAGUGUCCUUGAAAUUACAGAUGCUUUUGAUAGAACAGAAAACAUAUUAUCUGUGCAGAAAAAUGAAAAGGUAAAGUAUACUAGGUAUCCUGCCACAAACACUAAGGUAAAAGCAAAGCAAAAGUCCCUCAUUACUAAUUCACAUACAGACCACUUAAUGGAUUGUAGUAAGACAGCAGAGCCUGGAACUGAGACAUCUCAGGUUAAUCUCUCUGAUCUUAAAGUGUCUACUCUUGUCCGCAAACCCCAAUUGGAUUUUAGAAAUGAUGGUUUCUCUCCAAAAUUCAACACACCAUCAAGCAUUUCCAGUGAGAAUUCACUAAUAAAAGGUGGGGCUACAAAUCAAGCUCUGUUACAUUCAAAAAGCAAACAGCCCAAGAUCCGAAGUAUAAAGUGCAAGCAUAAAGAAAAUCCAGUUGUAGUGGAAUCUCCAGUUACAAAUGAGGACUGCAGUUUGAAAUGCUGCUCUUCUGAUACUAAAGGCUCUCCUUUAGCCAGCAUUUCCAAAAGUGGGAAAGUGGAUGGGCUAAAACUACUGAGCAACAUGCAUGAGAAAACCAGGGAUUCAAAUGACAUAGAAACAGCAGUGGUGAAACAUGUUCUAUCAGAGUUGAAGGAACUCUCCUAUAGAUCCUUAAGUGAAGAUGUCAGUGAUUCUGGAACAUCAAAGCCAUCAAAACCAUUACUUUUUUCUCCUGCCUCUGGUCAGAAUCAUAUACCUAUUGAACCAGAUUACAAAUUCAGUACAUUGUUAAUGAUGUUGAAAGAUAUGCAUGAUAGUAAGACCAAGGAGCAACGCUUAAUGACUGCUCAAAACUUGGUCUCCUAUCGGAGUCCUGGUCUUGGGGACUGUUCUACCAGUAGUCCUGUAGGUGCUUCUAAGGCUUUGGUUUCGGGAAACUCCACUCACAAUUCAGAAAAAAAUGGAGAUGGCACUCAGAACGCAGUCCGUCCUAGCCCUAGUGGAGGUGACUCUGCACUGUCUGGGGAGUUGUCUGUAUCCGUACCCAGCUUAGUGUCUGACAGAAGAGACCUCCCUGCUUCUGGUAAAAGUCGUUCAAACUGUGUUACUAGGCGCAACUGUGGGCGAUCAAAACCCUCAUCUAAAUUGCGUGAUAGUUUAUCAGCCCAGAUGGGAAAGAACACAUUAAACCGUAAAGCCUUAAAGACAGAACGCAAAAGAAAACUGAACCAACUUCCAGCUGUGACUCUUCAGACUGCACUGAAGGGAGACAGACCAAGUGGGGGUUCAGAGAAUGGCUGCUCAAGAGGUGGGCUAGAAGACCCUGGUAAAGAAGAACCCCUUCAGUUAAUGGGUCAUUUAACAAGUGAAGACAGUACUCAUUUUUCCAGUGUUAAUUUUGAUGACAAAGUCAACCAGUCUGACCCUGACAAAAUUCCUGAAAAAGGCCCUUCUUUUGAAAACAGAAAAGGCCCAGAGUUGGAUACCGAAAUGAACAGUGAGAAUGAUGAACCCAGUGGUGUAAAUCAAGCGGUGCCUAAAAAGCGGUGGCAGCGUUUAAACCAAAGGCGCACUAAACCUCGUAAGCGCACUAACAGAGUUAGGGAGAAAGAAAACUCAGAGGGUGCCUUUGGGGUUUUGCUUCCAGCUGACCCUGUAAAGAAGGGGGAUGAGUUCCCAGAGCAUAGACCCCCUACUUCGACAAACAUACUAGAAGAUGCCCUGGCAGAUCCAAAUCAUGCUAGCUGCUUAGAUUCAGUUGGGCCACGGUUGAAUGUUUGUGAUAAAUCCAGUGCCAGCAUUGAGGAAAUGGAAAAAGAUCCAGGAAUUCCCAGUUUGACUCCCCAGCCUGAGCUCCCUGAACCAGCUGUGCGGUCAGAGAAGAAGCGUCUUAGGAAGCCAAGCAAGUGGCUUUUGGAAUAUACAGAAGAAUAUGAUCAGAUAUUUGCUCCUAAGAAAAAACAAAAGAAGGUACAGGAACAGGUGCACAAGGUAAGUUCCCGCUGUGAAGAGGAAAGCCUUUUAGCCCGAUGUCGAUCUAGUGCUCAGAACAAGCGGGUGGAUGAGAGUUCUUUGAUUUCAACCAAAGAAGAGCCUCCAGUUCUUGAACGGGAGGCUCCAUUUUUGGAAGGGCCUGUGGCUCAGUCAGAACUUGGAGGUGGACAUGCUGAGUUGCCACAGCUGACCUUGUCUGUGCCUGUGGCUCCGGAAGUCUCUCCACGGCCUGCCCUUGAGUCUGAGGAAUUGCUAGUUAAAACACCAGGAAAUUAUGAAAGUAAACGUCAGAGAAAACCAACUAAGAAACUUCUUGAAUCCAACGAUUUAGACCCGGGAUUUAUGCCCAAGAAAGGGGAUCUUGGCCUUUCUAAAAAGUGUUAUGAAGCUGGUCACUUGGAGAAUGACAUUAAUGAAUCACGUGCUGCAUCUCAUUCUAAAGAGUUUGGUGGAGGCACUACCAAGAUAUUUGAUAAACCAAGGAAGCGAAAACGACAGAGGCAUGCUACGGCCAAGGUGCAUUGUAAAAAAAUGAAAAAUGACGACUCAUCAAAAGAAACUCCAGGUUCAGAGGGAGAACUGAUGACACACAGAACGCCUGCAAGCCCCAAGGAGACUGUUGAGGAGGGUGUAGAGAAUGAUCAUGGGAUGCCAGCAUCUAAAAAGCUUCAGGGCGAACGAGGCGGAGGAGCUGCACUCAAGGAGAAUGUUUGUCAGAACUGUGAGAAACUGGGUGAGCUGCUGUUAUGUGAAGCUCAGUGCUGUGGGGCUUUCCACCUGGAGUGCCUUGGAUUAACUGAGAUGCCGAGAGGAAAAUUUAUCUGCAAUGAAUGUCGCACAGGAAUCCAUACCUGUUUUGUUUGUAAGCAGAGUGGGGAAGAUGUUAAAAGGUGCCUUUUGCCCUUGUGUGGAAAGUUUUACCAUGAAGAAUGUGUCCAGAAAUAUCCACCCACUGUUAUGCAGAACAAGGGCUUCCGGUGCUCCCUCCACAUCUGUAUAACCUGCCAUGCUGCUAAUCCAGCCAGCGUUUCUGCAUCUAAAGGUCGUCUGAUGCGCUGUGUCCGUUGCCCUGUGGCAUACCAUGCCAAUGACUUUUGCCUGGCUGCUGGGUCCAAGAUCCUUGCAUCUAAUAGUAUCAUCUGCCCUAAUCACUUUACCCCUCGGAGGGGCUGCCGAAAUCAUGAGCAUGUUAACGUGAGCUGGUGUUUUGUAUGCUCAGAAGGAGGCAGCCUUCUGUGCUGUGAUUCUUGUCCUGCUGCUUUUCAUCGUGAAUGCCUGAACAUUGAUAUUCCUGAAGGAAACUGGUAUUGCAAUGAUUGUAAGGCAGGCAAAAAGCCACAUUACAGAGAAAUUGUCUGGGUAAAAGUUGGACGAUACAGGUGGUGGCCAGCUGAGAUCUGCCAUCCUCGAGCUGUACCUUCCAAUAUUGAUAAGAUGAGACAUGACGUUGGCGAGUUCCCUGUGUUAUUCUUUGGGUCUAAUGACUAUCUGUGGACACACCAGGCCCGAGUCUUUCCCUAUAUGGAGGGUGAUGUGAGCAGCAAGGAUAAGAUGGGCAAAGGAGUGGAUGGGACAUAUAAAAAAGCUCUUCAAGAAGCUGCAGCGAGGUUUGAGGAGUUAAAGGCACAAAAAGAGCUAAGACAGCUGCAGGAGGACCGAAAGAAUGACAAGAAGCCACCACCUUACAAGCAUAUAAAGGUGAACCGUCCUAUUGGCAGGGUGCAGAUCUUUACUGCAGACUUGUCUGAAAUUCCCCGUUGCAACUGUAAAGCUACUGAUGAUAACCCCUGUGGGAUAGACUCCGAGUGCAUCAACCGCAUGCUGCUCUAUGAGUGCCACCCCACAGUAUGUCCUGCCGGAGGACGUUGCCAAAACCAGUGCUUCACUAAGCGCCAGUAUCCAGAGGUUGAAAUUUUUCGCACAUUACAGAGAGGCUGGGGUCUCCGGACAAAAACAGAUAUUAAAAAGGGUGAAUUUGUAAAUGAGUAUGUGGGUGAGCUAAUAGAUGAAGAAGAGUGCAGAGCUCGAAUCCGUUAUGCCCAAGAACAUGAUAUCACUAAUUUCUAUAUGCUCACCCUAGACAAAGACCGGAUCAUUGAUGCUGGUCCUAAAGGAAACUAUGCUCGAUUCAUGAAUCAUUGCUGUCAGCCCAACUGUGAAACACAGAAAUGGUCUGUGAAUGGAGAUACCCGUGUUGGUCUUUUUGCCCUGAGUGACAUUAAAGCAGGGACUGAACUUACCUUCAACUACAACCUAGAAUGUCUUGGGAAUGGAAAGACUGUUUGCAAAUGUGGAGCCCCAAACUGCAGUGGCUUUUUGGGUGUAAGGCCAAAGAAUCAACCCAUUGCCACGGAAGAAAAGUCAAAGAAAUUCAAGAAGAAACAACAGGGGAAGCGCAGGACCCAGGGUGAGAUCACAAAGGAGCGAGAGGAUGAGUGUUUCAGCUGUGGAGAUGCUGGCCAGCUCGUCUCUUGUAAGAAGCCAGGCUGCCCAAAAGUUUACCACGCUGACUGUCUCAAUCUAACCAAGCGACCAGCAGGGAAAUGGGAGUGUCCUUGGCAUCAAUGUGACAUCUGUGGGAAGGAAGCAGCCUCCUUCUGUGAGAUGUGUCCCAGUUCCUUUUGUAAGCAGCAUCGGGAAGGGAUGCUCUUCAUCUCCAAGUUGGAUGGGCGUUUGUCUUGUACUGAGCAUGACCCCUGUGGGCCCAAUCCUCUGGAACCUGGGGAGAUCCGUGAGUAUGUGCCUCCCCCAGUACCGCUGCCUCCAGGCCCAGGCACUCACCUGGCAGAGCAUUCGUCAGGAGUGGCUGCUCAGGGGCCCAAGAUGAUGGAUAAGCUGCCUGCUGACACCAACCAGACACUGUCACUGUCCAAAAAAGCUCUGGCAGGAACUUGUCAGAGGCCACCGCUGCCUGAAAGACCUCCUGACAGAACUGACUCCAGGCCCCAGCCUGUAGAUAGGGUCAGGGACCUUGCUGGGUCGGGGACCAAACCCCAAUCCUUGGUAUCCAGCCAGAAGCCACUGGACAGGCCACCUGCAGUGGCAGGACCAAGACCCCCACUAUCUGACAAACCCUCUCCAGUGACCGGCAUAAGCUCCUCACCCUCAGUCAGGUCCCAACCACUGGAAAGACCUCUGGGGACGGCUGACCCAAGGAUGGAUAAAUCCAUAGGUGCUGCCAGCCCAAGGCCCCAGUCGCUGGAGAAAACCCCAGUCCCUACUGGCCUAAGACUUCCACCGCCUGACAGACUGCUAGUCACCAGCGGUCCCAAACCCCAGACUUCAGACAGGCCCCCAGACAAAUCCCAUGCUCCUUUGUCCCAGAGACUCCCACCUCCUGACAAAGUACUGUCAGCUGUGGUCCAGACCCUGGUAGCUAAGGAAAAAGCACUGAGGCCUGUGGACCAGAAUACUCAGUCAAAAAAUAGAGCUGCUUUGGUAAUGGAUCUCAUAGACUUAACUCCUCACCAGAAAGAACGGGCUGCUUCACCUCAUGAGGUCACAUCACAGAUUGAUGAGAAGAUGCCGGUGUUGGAAUCAAGCUCAUGGACUGCCAGCAAAGGUCUAGGGCAGAUGCCGAGGGCUAUAGAGAGAGGCAAUGUGGCAGAUGCUGUCCUGCAGCCACCGGGGAAAGCAGCAGUCCCUUUGGAGCACCCCUGGCAAGCGGUUAAAUCACUCACCCAGGCCAGACUUCUCUCUCAGUCCCCUGCCAAGGCUUUUUUAUAUGAGCCAACAACUCCGGCCUCAGGAAGAGCAUCUGCGGGGGUAGAGCAGACAUCAGGGCCUCCUGGUCAAGCAUCGGGCCUCGUGAAGCAGGUGAAGCAGAUGGCCGGAGGCCAGCAACUACCUGGACUUGCUGCCAAGAGUGGGCAGUCCUUCAGGCCCCUUGGGAAGGCCCCAUCCUCCCUCUGUACUGAAGAGAAGAAGUUGGCAACCACAGAGCAGAGUCCCUGGGCCCUGGGAAAGGCCUCACCAGGGCCAGGGCUCUGGCCCAUGGUGGCUGGACAGACAAUAUCACCGUCUUGCUGGUCCUCUGGGAGCACACAGACAUUGGCACAGACUUGCUGGUCUCUUGGAAGAGGGCAAGACCCUAAACCAGAGCAAAAUACACUUCCAGCUCUUAACCAGGCUCCUUCCAGUCACACGUGUGCAGAGUCAGAACAGAAAUAAUACAAGUAAAUGUCACAUGACCAGACCAGCUGCCCCCAGGGUUCUUGGGGAAGGGAAAUCAUCUUUCUUUUCCUCUCUUAAAAAAAACAGACCCCAACACUUUCCCACUGUUAUUCUUUCCUUAUAUCCCAACACUCAGAACUCUUGUGACAUUAGCCAGUGGGGGCAUGUGGUUGUGUAAACCAUGUAUGGAAAUCCAAGUGGGCCCCAACCAAGGAGACAGACAAACUUGGGUCUUUUUCCUCCAACCUUUACACAUGGUAACUUGAAAUAAAAAGUCCACUCUGGAGUCAAGCAUGGGAUUCAAUUCCACUGGUUAGGUUGGAAGCUAGAGGGGCUCUCAAAGCUAUUUCUCUAGCUCUACAGAGCCCCACUGAGGGCACCUGAUGAACACUUGGGAGGAACUGACAUCUAUUCAUAUCAGUGGUGAUUUCUUGAUCAUUCACAUGUGCUAGGCCAGGUGCUAGUCACUGACAGGAGAUACAGAGAUAAAGAAGACCUGAUCCCUGUGAGCCUAACCUGCCUGCCUGGGUCCCAGGCUAUUUUCACGAACCUUUGACUGGGAAAUAACAGGAAGUUCUGAGGGGCCCUGGGGUUCCACAGACUCAUUUCGUAAUGUCCUCUGUAGCCCCAGAAGUGGUUGUGUUGAGUAAGUGUCCCCUGGUUGAGUGUGCAUGUUUAUGCACACACCCUUAUGUGGGGGUCUUCUCUGUAGGCAAGAGGGGGUUGCAUCAAGGCCAAGUGGAGCUGCUGGCUGGGCAGAGUCUAAAGCUCUGUCCUUGGCAGAGCAGCUGAUUUGGGGGCUGAGCUCUACAAGGAUGUAGCUUUCUCAGAGUACAAGAAGGCAAUUGGCAAGCUUACCUUUCUUUUCUACUGGUUUUUUUCCUUUUACAUCAACCCACUCCAUGCCUGCCCCCCAAACUCAGGUGCUUUCAGAUUUCAGAGUCAGGCAGUGGACAUAGGGAAUCUCUGGCAAGCUCUGGGCUAGAUCUACCACCAGCUCAGGGAGAGUCCCAGGUCCUGAUGGAAAAUUGCUUCUCUUUUGAUCCUUUGCCCUCCUACCUAAAUGGAGGGAGUCCCCUCCUUCACUGGUGAGUUCUACCACCCUAUCCCUGAGAAUUGCUGUGUUCUAUAUUAAGAGCACCUGCCUGCUAAUUUAGUUCAAAGGCAAGCCAGAACCUCUCCCCUAUGACCGGCAAGAUACGGUGUUUAGAGCAAUGUCCAGUCUGAGAUAUGAUUCCUCAUAACUGCUGAUUAUCUGUUACUGCUGCCCUGAGCUGGGGCCCAAGGGCUGGGAAAUCUGUUGGUGCUACCCUGCCCUACUAUUCACCCAGCUCACCAACUGCCAACAGGAAGUGCUGUUUGGCCAGUUCCUUCCCAUUCAUUCACCCCUCCUUUGUCCCUAGACCAAAUGUGUUUACCUCUCUGCUUUGCCAACUUAGCCAGCAGCUUUAGCCAACAGGCCAUCUCCUGACCCAAAUGUCUCCUGGCCAUUCUGUCUCACUUACGGCUUUUACACCCUCAACAGGAUUCUGUAUUUUGUCCCAAUUUCCUCCUCCUAAGUUCCUAUCAAGGUUGCCCGUAUCACUUCUAAGGAGGGAACAAUGGUUACAGAAGCAUUUGCGCUUUAUAUAAAGAUUAGAAGAAAAAUUUGCUUUUAUUUCCCAAAGUCUGUCUCGGGAUGAGACGCUUGAACUCAGGCAGAGGUACGAGGCUGGGCAGGGCUGUCCCAAGUUUGGGGGCAUAUCUCUGCAUCUCACUUAGACCUCGGAAUCUCCUCUGUAAAUUCCACCUGCCUAGUUCUCCCCUUUCCAUCCUGUCUCUCUUCCCAUAUCAUGAGAGAGGAAAUGCUCUUUGUUUAAAAGGAAGAGAAAACAAAGCAUCUUAUUUUCUUUUAAAAAAAUUUUAAACCAUGGAGAAGAUAUUUUUAAAGAAAUCCACCCAGAACAUUAAAGUUCAUUAUAUUAAGUA